ACUCACACGUUCGAAGCAGACAAAGACAGCAGUGUACUCACCGAGCCGGCGGAGGCGAGACGGCAAGACCCGCCCGGCUCCGCCCACAAGGGCAGCGGGCAGCACCUGAAAAGCGACGGCGUGAGAAGAGUCGCCGUCACCCGGUGCCUGCGUCGGAGUCCGUCAUGAACCUUCUCCCGUGGGCCUUGCUCGCUUUCGCUCCUCUCUUCUCGCCAUGCGCAGGCGGCUGGUGUUACGAGAACCAGGCCUCCUGCGACGCCGCGUGCCGAGACCCGAGCGGGUGGUCUUCGGCCUUCCCUCGCUGCGGCGGACUGCGCCAGUCGCCCAUCAACAUCGUCAGCGGCAAAGUUCACGUCAACACGGCGCUGCCCCCGCUGGAGUUCAUCGGUCACGGCGACCGCAUCAACAUCACCGUGGAGAACAAGGGACAUUCGGCUCACUUCCACCUGCCCCAGUCGGUGCGUCUGACCGGAGGCGCUCUGCCGGGUCACUACCGGGCCGCCCAGUUCCACUUCCACUGGGGGGCCAGCGGAAGGCCCGGAUCGGAACACACCGUCGAUGGAGAGAGAUUCCCCAUGGAGCUUCACGUGGUGCACAUCAAGGAGCCGUACGGAUCCCUGAGCGAGGCGGAACACGACAUGGCGGGAAUCGCCCUGCUGGCCUUUCUGUUUGAGGAAGCCGCCGAGGACCACCCGCACCUGGACGCCGUCAUAGCGGCUCUGGGACGAGUGCGGCACAACGGCUCCACGGCGCUCAUGUCCGACUUCAAGCUGAGCGACAUCGUCCCGCCGUCGGGGGAGCUGCGGGGCUACUACCGCUACGUGGGCUCCAUGACGACGCCGGGAUGCGAACAGGCGGUGGCGUGGACCGUCUUCCUCAAGACGCUGCCCGUCAGCGGUCGGCAGCUGGACGCCGUCGCGCAGCAGUGCCGCUUCUGGACGGGCCAGCCCAUGACGGACAUCUUCAGGCCCACGCAGCCGCUGGACGGACGCGUGGUGUACCGCUCCAACUCGGCCGGCGCCGUCGCGCCCGCGCGCUCCGCCGCCUUCUGGCUCGGCCUCGCCGCGCUCAUCCGUUGAA